UCUUGGGGAGUUAUGGGGUCACCGACAGAGGAGGGGGAGGAGAAGGAGGAGGAGGAGGAGGAGGAGGAGGAGGAGGAGGAGGAGGAGGAGGAGGAGGAGGAGGAGGAGGAGGAGGAGGAGGAGGAGGAGGAGGAGGAGGAGGAGGAGGAGGAGGAGGAGGAGGAGGCAUUAUCAUACGCCUUGAAGCAGGUCGAUGGGGGAUGGUUGGUUUGGGUGCAGAGCUCACCCGCCCUAUGACCAAAACGGCAAAGAUAGGAAC